UCUCUCUGCCUCUCUCGCCUCCGUCUCUAUAUCACGGGGCAUCUCACGUGCGCGAGGGGAGAGGGAGGGGGGAAGAGAGAGAGAGAUGAGCUCCUUUCUUCUGCCGACUCUGACUCGGAAGAGGGAGGUGGACGGGAUCAUCAGGGACACCCUCGACAAGGUCCUCGUCCUCCGCUUCGGCCGCAGCUCCGAUCCCGCCUGUCUUCAGCUCGGAUGACAGCUUUCCAAGUCUUCUCGAGAAAUUUCAAAGUUUGCAACGAUAGCUUUAGUUGAUACAGAUGCUGAGGAGAUUCAGGUUUAUGUUAAUUAUUUUGACAUUACAUUGAUACCGUCAACUAUAUUCUUCUUCAAUGCUCAUCACAUGAAGAUGGACUCGGGGACUGCUGAUCACACUAAAUGGAUAGGUUCUUUUCACGGAAAACAAGACUUCAUUGAUGUUGUAGAGGCCAUAUUUAGAGGGGCGAUGAAGGGUAAGCUGAUCGUGACCUGUCCACUUCCACCAGAGAGGAUACCCAGAUUCCAGCUACUCUUUAAGGACUUGUGAUACAAACAAGCAGUGUAUAUAUUGCGAAGGGCAAUGGUAUGAAACUUACCACUCGAUGGACUGCCAUUAGUUUGGAUGAGCAAGUGUAUGGCAGAUUACAGCCGGUGACUAGUAAUAUUUCUAUAACUAUUCCAUAACUAAUAUUUCUAUAACCAUUCCAUAACCAUGUUGGCUUGUGUUAUCAUAUAGAUAUGUAUAUAUUAAAUAUUAGAAAUAUCCAAAUAUUCCAUAGACUUUCUUGUUUAUGUAUGUGGAUGCCUAUAUUGCAAGUGUAUGAUAAACAGCUGGAUGGUUUG